GUGGUGUUUCUCCGUCGAACCCACACAUGUCUUCUCCACCAUACACUCUGGGAUGGGUCAACAAUCUCACACACGUACCAAGCGAGAGUGAUGCUCAGGGUAUCAUAGCACUGGCAGUAGUCUUUCCACUCAUUGCUAUUCUCUGUGUUGGGCUCAAGUUCAGGAUAAGAAUAAAGACGAUCGGCUCAAUUGGGUGGGACGAUAUCAUACUAGCGAUCAGUUGUGUGCGUAUUGAGCGAUGGGGUCUUGGUCUCAAAGCAGAGGACUUUCCUGCAGAGAACGCGGUACCCUUCAGUCGGUUCGCUGGAGGGCCACUAUACUGUCUUGCAGUCCUGGGUUUCAAAUUGUCGCUCCUCAUAACUUACCUUCGAGUCGCCGGGUUCAAUCGCAUCUAUGCCCUCAUUGUAUGGGUGGUAAUUGUCUCUGUCGUGAUCAGUCAGAUCCUAUUCACCAUACUGCUGUCGGCUGGUUGUCAACCAAUUGCGAAGCAAUGGGACCCCAGCAUUCCGGGCAAAUGUCUUGAUGCACUGCCAAUAUAUUUCGCGCUGGGAGGGACAAGUCUAGGGUGGGACUUGAUCAUCAUCUCUAUCAAUGAGCAGCAGAUCCGUGUGCAGCACGAUGUCACGGUGCGGCACGAUGAAGCUGGUCAUCAGCGUGUA